UGCACCAGGCUGCCACCCUCCAGCCUCUCCUCAGCUUCCUAUCCUGCGCCCACCCCUCGCCCUCGUCUCGGGGCAAACUUUCUGCACAGAGCGGGCGGGGAGCUGAAAGCGGACAGACCCGACAAUGGGAGGAAGAGAGGAGACACCAGGAACGGCCCGGGAGUGAUGAGGGGAGGAGAGCGCGGGGGACACCGAGAGACGCGAGAAUGGGAAAGAGAGCAGGCAGUGGCGGCCCCGCGGGGGUCUCGGGGCCCCCGGGCCCCCUCCUCAGCCCUCUUCAAGCCAACCCGGGUAAACACAGACGCCCUGCCAGGCCAGCGCAGCUGCUGGACACAGCCCUCGGCGCCGCUCCAACCAGUCACAGCUAAGCCCCUCCUUUCGAGAAACUCUAGGGCCGCCCCUGGAAGUGGCGGGGAGGACGGCCUGGAGGAGCACGCUCGGCAGUGAUGGAGCCCAGCGGCCCGGGCGCGGAGGCCAGCAUGGAAGGCGCGGCGGGCGACCCAUACCAGCGACCCGCGCGACGCACGCAGUGGCUGCUGAGCGCCCUGGCGCACCACUACGGGCUGGACCGCGGCGUGGAGAACGAGAUCGUGGUGCUGGCUACCGGCCUGGACCAGUAUCUGCAGGAGGUCUUCCACCACCUUGACUGCCGCGGCGCCGGCCGCCUGCCCCGCGCCGACUUCCGAGCCCUCUGUGCGGUGCUGGGACUGCGCGCAGAAGGGACCGGCGCCACCAGGGAGGCCGCCGGGGAUACGGCUGCCGGAGACACAAACCCUGGGGAUGUGAUGGCUGGGGACGAGGCCGUUGGGGUGGCCACCGACGGGGACGCGGAUGAGGAGGAGGAAGCACGUCUGGCGCUGCGCGCCGAGCCGCCCGAGCUCACCUUCCGCCAGUUCCACGCGCGCCUCUGCGGCUACUUCGGUACCCGCGCCGGGCCGCGUCUGCCCCGCGGUGCUCUCAGCGAGCACAUCGAGACACAGAUCCGCCUGCGGCGUCCGCGCCGCCGCCGCCGCGCGCCCCGCGCGCCCGGCCCCGACGGCGGCCCGGACAGCGAGCGCCUGGCGCGGUUGGAGGAGGAGAACAGCAGCCUGCGCGAGCUGGUGGAGGACCUGCGCGCCGCGCUGCAGAGCAGUGACGCCCGCUGCCUAGCGCUGCAGGUUGGCCUCUGGAAGAGCCAGGCGGGCGACCAGGAGGCGGCGCGCAGCGGGCCCGAGGCGGCGGCGCGGGAGCUGCGGGAGGCGCGGGGCGCGCUGGCGGCGGCCGAGGCCCGCGCGGGGCGGCUGUGCCGGGGCCAGGCCGAGGUGCGGCGGCGCGCGGAGGCGGCGCGGCAGUCGGUGCUGCGCAGCCUGGGGCGCGUGCGCGAGCUCGAGGCGCUGGCGCGGCAGGUGCCCGGCCUGCAGCGCUGCGUGCGGCGGCUGGAGGACGAGCUGCGGCGCUACAGGUCAGAGGGCACCCAGCUCCCUGCCUCACCACGAGCCAGCCCAGAGCCAGAAGCCAAGACCAGUGGACCUGAGGAUGGUGAGACCAGAGACCCAGACCCUCCUCCAGAGGGAGCCUGGGGCUCAGACAGCAACUCCGGGAGCAGACCCCUGGAUGAAGCACGUGCUUCUCCGGUGGUGGACGAGCAGCUGUUCCGCUCGGUGGAGGGCCAGGCCGCCUCUGACGAGGAGGACAACGACCACAAGUGGCGGGAAGAGCAGAGGCCACCGGCCGAGGUCACGACCCUGCUGGCCAGCCUCUCCGGCUGCGGGAAGGGGUGUGAUGACCAGAUGGCCAAGAAGCUCAUGACUUACUUCCACCACUUUGGCAGUGCCGACCACGCCCGCACCCUGGGGGAGCUGGAGGCCCGCGUUGCCAUGCUGGUGGAGCAGCUGGACACCCAGGGCUGCAGUCGGAAGACCCUGGGGACACCUGGGAAGGAGGCAGAGCUACAGCGGCAGGUGGAGGAGAACGAGCAGCUGAGGCUGGAGCUGCAGAUGGUGGAGACGGAGAGGGUGCGGCUGUCCCUGCUGGAGGAGAAGCUGGAGGACGUGCUGCAGCUCCUGCAGAGGCUCCGCCACCUGAACAUAUCGAAAAGAGCCCUGGGGAAGAUCCUGCUGAGCACGCUGGACACCUGCGGGGACCCUGCACACGAGGAGAUGUCUGCGCCCUCGGCCAUCCUGGAUGCCCUGCACCAGGCUCUGGCUGGCUGUGAGCUCCUGCGCAGAGAGCCCUCGGCACCAGCCUCUGUAGCUCCUGCACUCACCAACUCCCUCCUCAUCUCCUGCUGAGGUCACUGGCCCGGCCUGGCCAUCAUCAGACCAGCCUCCAAGAUCAGCCUGAUCAUCAUCACAUCCUCAGAACCCUGGAGGCACUGCGCCUUCUAAGACAGGCCCAAGCUCAGAGACGAGCAGCCAUCCCUUCUCCUCGGGCUCCUCCUGGAUUCCCUGAGAGCCCCUGCAUUCCUGCUGCCAGGGUCCACGUUGCCCUGCAGCUGCUGGAUCAGCCUGUACCUGCUGCUGCCUCCUCUGCCCCUGGAUCAGAGGUGCCCACUUUUCUGCCUGGUUCUGCCCAGAAUCCCUUCCCUGGGCUCCCUUCCCAGCACUGUGCCCUUCCUCCCCGCGGUGUGCCUGUUGCAGGGACUCUGCACCCCACCAGCCCACUGGGGAACCUAUCCAAGCCCUAGAAUGCUGGAGACCAGGCAGAGCAGGGGAACUCCAAGGGAGGAGUGAGUGACCACUGCAGGCUUCCUGGUGGAGGCUGGCCUUGAACCAGCUCUAGAAGAGCGGUAGGAUGCAGACGGGCCAAGAAGAGGGAAGGGCAUUUAAAGUGAGGUAACCCCAAGAACAGGGGUGUGGUCCCAUAAAGGACCCCCAGCAAUGCAGGACCCAGAGCCCCUCUGUCCUGAGCAACAGGAGGCACCGGGACUCACCUCCUCACGCCCUCCCAGGAGAGGAGGACACGCUGGCGGGCAGAGCGGAGGGGUGCAAGCAGCGCUAACCAGGGCAGCGGAGCCUGCAGGAGUCCCGCCCAGAGGGCUCUGUGGGCCCAGGGGCACAACGCACCGCCGCGGCAGGGUGAGGGCCGGCGCCGGCGGGGAGCGGGGGCAGGCCCCGGGGCCUUGGUGACAGGCGAGACCUGGACUGGACCCCGCGCAGUGGGGGCCAUGGGGGGCUCUGACCUGCCUCGGGGAGGGUGGAUGAGGCAGCUGCAGGGGGUGGGGACAAGGGGUCUCCCGGGGGCUCAAGCCGGAGCCGUGGGGACACAGAAGGCGGCCGCCAGGGAGGGAGGACUGGGGGAGCCCGGGACCAGCGGGCGCUCCUGGGCAGAGGCCGCGGGGACGGCCCACAGACACCGCCUCGCCUCGUGUCUGGCCACGUGAGUCUACACUGUGUUAGGAUUCUUGGAACUGAGGUUCCUUUCCAAAAAGUCAACCUCACUGCACGUUAAUUUAAAAAGUAGAAGAGGCCAGAAGAGACGUUCCUGCAGCGGCCCCUGCUCUGGCCCCCUGGCGUCUGCAGACAGGCAGAGGGUUCCAUCCUCAGGAGCUUCCUAAUAAAAAGCUCUGACCGCUGCCUGACAACCGAAGGUUCACGGUCGCCCCUCAUAUCCCUGGAGGCAAAUUACGAGGAGGACUAGGGCUUGGAGGGGCCUGAAGAGGCCGGGUGAGCUCCCCAGCGUCACACAACAAAUUAGCAUCCACGCCUGGAGGGAGGCCUGUCUUUCGAGCCCACACCUCACACACUUCCUACCACCGCCAGCUGUCUCUGCCUAGGAGGCCCAGGGCUUACCGGGGGCUUGGGGGCUGGGUUAGUUAUGGUACAGGCUAAGCCGCCCUGACAGAAGAGGUCCCCAGAUUCUCUGGGUCAAACAGAACAGAACGUUACUUCUCUCCUCUAACGGACCCGAGGUGAGUGGCCCCAGUGAGCAGAGCAGCUCUGCUCCGUGUGGUCCCCCCGGACCCAGGGUCCCUCCACCUUGCCGCUCUGCCAUGCCUAGGGUGCUGUCGUCCUUCACGUGGCGGAAGUCACCGCACCCGCGCCGCGCCUGCCUUCAGCCCGCAGGGAGGAGCAGAGAGGGAGGGAAGCACUCUGGCCCACAUCUCCUCCAUUCUCAUCCCAGAGCCCUAGACAGGAUCGCCCAAAGAGGACCACACCAAGACACAGUCAUUAAAAUGGCAAAAAUUAUAGACAAAGCAAGAAUACUAAAAACAGAAGCAGAAAAGCAACAAGUAACACAUGAGGGAACGCCCAUAAGGCUGUCAGCUGGCUUUUCAGCAGAGACUCUGCAGGCCAGAGGAGUGGCAUGAUAUAUUUAAAGUGAUGGGAGGGAAGAACCUAGAACCAAGAACACCCUACCCAGUAAGGCUCUUCUUGCUCAGACCUGAUGGAGAGACUGAAAGCUUUAUAGACAAGCAGAAGCCAAGAGGUCAGCGCCACCAAAACGGCUUUACAAGAAACGUUAAAGGGACUUCUUCAAGCAAAAAAGAAAAGGCAACUAGAAACAUGAAAAUUAUGGAAGGAAGAGCUCAGCGGUAAAGGCAAACACACAGGGAAGCCGGUAAGCCAGCCACGUCCAAAGCCAGCAGGACGGCUAAAGACAAAGGAGUGAAAAUCACCCAUGUCCACAACAGGUGGCUCAGGACACACAAAAAGAUGUAAAGCACGACGUCAAACAGAGUAAUCGUGAGGGGAGGGGAGUAAAACUGCAGGGGCUUAAAAAUGCGUUUGAAAUUAAGAGAUCAGCAAUUUAAAAUACUCAGACAGAUAGAUAGAUUGCUAUACAUAAACCUCACGGUGACCACAAACCAAAACUCUAUUUUAUACACACACACACACACACACACACACACACAAACACACACACACACACACACAAAAGAAAUCCAGUAUUUAUAUCAAUUAAAAUAAUACUUUUGAGAACCUGGAACAAAGGGAAGGGAAUCCAAACAUAACACUAAAGAUAGUCAUCAAAUCACAAGAGAAGAGAACAAGAGAGGAGGGACAAAACCACAAAAACCCCAAAACAAUUUUAAAAUGGCAAUAAAUGCAUACUUGUCAAAGUUACUUCAAAUGUAAAUGGACGAAACGGUCCAAUCAGAAGACAGAGUGGCUGAACGGAUACAAAAGCAAGGCCCACAGAUAAACACUGUCUACAAGAGACCCACUUCAGAUCUCAAGACACAAACAGACUGAAAGUGACAGGAUGGAAAAAGUACUCCACGCAAAUGGAAAUCAGAAGAAAGCUGGGGCAGCAAUGUUUAUACCAGACAAACAGACUUUGAAGCAAAGAUUACAAGAGACAAAGAGGGACGUUACACAUCCAGGGAAUCAAUCCAAGAAGAUUUAACAAUUAUAAUAAAUAUAUAAGCACCUAAAUACAUAAAGCAAAUACUGACAUAAAAAGAGAAAUUGACACAAUAAUACUGGGGGCUUUAACACCCUCUUACAUCAAUGGACAGAUCACCCAGACAGAAAAAUCAACAGUGAAACACUAGCCUUAAAUGACAUAUUAGACUAAGUGGAUAUACAUGUAGAACAUUCCAUCCAAAAGCAAAAUACACAUUCUUUUCAAGUGCACAUGGAACAUUUUCCAGGAUAUAUGACAUGCUAGUCCACAAAACAAGCCUCAGUAAAUUUAAGAAAACUUACAUCAUAUCAAGCAUCUUUUCCAACCACAACACUAUGAGACUAGAAUUAACAACAAGAAAAAAAAAUUGAAUAUAGACACAAAAAAUCUCAACAAAACAUUAGCGAACAGAAUCCAACAACACACUUAAAAAGAUCAUACACUAUGAUCAAACUGGAUUCAUCCCAGGAACACAAGGAUGGUUCAACAUACACAAAUCAAUCAAUGUGAUACACCACAUCAACUAGAGGACAAAAACCACAUGGUCAGCUCAAUAGAUGGAGAAAAAGCACUGGACAAAAUCAAACAGCCAUUCAUGAUAAAAACUCUCGCCAAAGAGAGUACAGAGGGAACAGAUCUCAACAUGAUAAAAGCCAUUUAUGACAGACCCACAGCCAGCAUCGUACUCAAUGAUGAAAAGUUGAAAGCCAUCCUGAUAAAAUCUGGAACAAGACAAGGAUGCCCACUCUCACCACUUCUAUUCAACGUAGGAUUGGAAGUCCUAGCCAAGGGGACAAGAAAAGGAAAUUAGGUAAAACUGUCACUGUAUGUGGAUGGCAUGAUAUUACAUAUAAAAAACCCUAAAGGCUCCACACAAAAACUACUAGAGCAGAUAAAAGAAUCUGGCAACGUAGCAGGAUACAAGAUUAACGUUCAGAAAUCAGUUGUGUUAAUCUUUAUACUAACAAUGAAACACCAGAAAAGUUCAAAAAAAUCCCUUUUAAAAUUGCAUCCAAAAAAAAAACAACUUAGGGAUAAAUCUGGCCAAGGAAGUGAAAGAUUUAUAUAAGGAGAACUACAAAACACUGACUAAGGAAAUUAAUUAUUUAAAGAAAUGGAAAGAUAUCCCAUGCUCUUGGAUUGGGAGAAUUAAUAUUGUUAAAAUUACUACCCAAAGCAAUCUAUAGACUUAAUCCAAUCCCUAUCAAAUUAUCCAGGACAUUUUUCACAGAACUAGAACAAAUAAUCCUAAAAUUUAUAUGGAAUCACAAAAGACCAAGAAUUGCCAAAGCAAUACUGAAGAAAAAGAAUGAAGCUGGAGGCACUGCCCUCCCAGACUUCAGACAGCACUACAGAGCUACAGGAAUCAAAACAGCACGGUACUGGCAUAAAAAGAGACAUACAGAUCAAUGGAACAGAAAAGAGAGCCAAGAAAUAAACCCACCGACCUAUAGUUAAUUAAUCUUCAACAAAAGAGGCAAGAAUAUAUGAUGGAGAAAAUACAGUCUCUUUAGCAAGUGGCGUUGGGAAAACUGGACAGCUGCAUGUAAAUCAAUGAAGCUAGAACACUCCCUCACUCCAUACACAAAAAUAAACUCAAAAUGGCUUAAAGACUUAAAUAUAAGACAAAAAACUAUAAACCUCUUAAAGAAAACACAGGCAAAACAUUCUGUGACAUAAAUCUCAGCAAUGAUCUCCUAGGACAGUGUACCCAGGCAAUAGAAGUAAAAGGAAAAAUAAACAAAUGGGACCUAAUUAAACUUACAAGCUCUUGCACAGCAAAGGAAACCAUAAACAGAACAAAAAGACAACCUACAAAAUGCAAGAAAACAUUUGUAAAUGACGCACCUGACAAGGGCUUAAUAUCCAGAAUAUAUAAACGCUCAUACAACUUAGUAACGAAAAAACCAAACAACCCAAUCCAAAAAUGGUCAGAAGACCUAAACAAGCAAUUCUUCAAGUAGACAUACAAGUGGCCAAGAGGCACAUGAAAAAAUGCUCAAUAUCACUAAUUAUCAGAGAAACAUAAAUCAAAACUGUAAUAAGGUAUCACCUCACAUCAAUCAGAAUGACCACCAUUCAAAAGUCCAUGAACGAUUAAAGCUGGAGCGGGCGUGGCAAAACGGGAACCCUCCCACACUGCUGGUGGGAAUGCAGUUUGGUGCAGCCAUUACGGAAAACAGUGUGUAGAUUCCUCAAAAAACUAAAAAUAGACUUGCCGUAGGAUCCAGCAAUCCCACUCCUGGGCACAUAUCCAGAGGGAACCUUAAUUCAAAAAGAUACAUGUAGCCCAAUGUUCACAGCAGCACUGUAUAGAACAGCCAGGACAUGGAAACAGCCUAAAUGUCCACUGACAGAUGACUGGAUAAAGAAGCUGUGGUAUAUUUAUACAGUGGAAUACUACUCAGUGAUAAACUAAAGAAUAAAAUAAUGCCAUUUGCAGCAACAUGGAUGGACCUGGAGACUGUCAUUCUAAGUGAAGUCAGCCAGAAAGAGAAAUACUGUAUGUUACUCAUAUGUGGAAACUUUAAAAAAUGACACACAUAAGCUUAUCUACAAAACAGAGACAGACUCACAGAAAACAAACUUACGGUUCCCGAGGGGAAAGGGGGUGGGAAGGGAUAAACUGGGAGUUCGAGAUUCGCAGAUACACACCACUGUAUGUAAAAUAGAUAAACACGGUCCUACUGUAGAGCGCAGGGAACUACACUCAGGAUCUUGUAGUAAACUGUAAUGAAAAAGGAAGUGGAAACGAGCGCACGCAAGCCCACGCGCGACUGAAGCACUGCGCCCUGCGCCAGAAGUUGACGCAACACUGUAACCUGACUGUACUUCAAAAGUCAAACAAAGGAAAGAAACAAAAAAAUAAAAAACACAAACAUGUGGAGGCUAAACAACAUGCUGUUAAACCAAUGGAUCAUCAAAAAAAAAAAAUCAAAGAAGAAAUUAAAAAAUAUCUGGAGACAAAAAUGAAACACAGCGACCCAAAACCGAUGGGACACAGCAGAAGCAGUCUAAAGGGGAUGCCGACAGCGCUACAAACCUCCCUCAGGACGUCAGAGAAAUCGCAAACAACCUAACCUUACACCUAAAGGCCCUAGAAAAGACGGAACACGCAAAACCUAAAAAUAGAAGGAAGUCAAAGAUCAGAGCAGAAAUCCAUGAAAUAGAGGCUAAAUAGAAAAGAUCAGUGAAAGUUAAGAGCUGGUUCUUUGAAAAUAUAAGCAAAAUCGAUAAACUUUCAGCCUAAUAAAAAAAAAAGAGGGGGAUCCAAAUCAAUAAAAUUAGGAAUGAAAAGAGAAGUGACAGCCAACAUCACAGAAACACAAAGGACCGUGAGAGAUUACUAUGAACAGCUAUAGAAGCAAAUGGCCAAUAAGAUGGACAACCCAGAAGAAAUGACAAAAUCCUAGAAAUUUACCAUCUCCCAAAACAGAACCAGGAAGAAACAGAAAAUACGAACAGACCAAUUAUCAGUGAUGAAACUGAAUCAGUAAUUAAAAACCUCCCGACAAACGAAAGUCCAGGACCAGGCGGCUUCACAGGUGAAUUCUAGCAAACAUUUAGAGACGAGUUAAGGUCUAUCUUUCUGAAACUAUCCCAAAAAAUUGCAGAGGAAGGAACACUUUCAAACUCAUUCUAUGAGGCCACCAUCACCCUGAUCCCAAAACCAGACAAAGAUAUCACAGAAAAAGAAAAUUACAUGCCAGUUUCACUUACGAAUGCAGAUGCAAAAAUCCUCAACAAAAUUCUAGCCAAUCAGCCGCAACAAUGCACUACAAGGACCAUGCAGCAUGAUCAAGGGGGAUUCACCCCAGGGACACAGGGAUUUUUCAGUAUCUGCAAAUCAGUCAAUGUGACGCACCACACUAACAAACUGAAGAAUGAAAACCAUAUGAUCAUCUCAACAGAUGCAGAAAAAACUCUUGAAAAAAUUCAACAUCCAUUUACAAUAAAAACUCUCCAGAAAGUGGGCACAGAGGGAACAUACCUCAGCAUAACAAAGGCCACAUGUGACAAACUCACAGCUAACAUCACACUUAAUGGGAAAAGCUGAAAGCAUUUCCUCUAAGAUCAGGAACCCGACGAGGAUGCCCACUCUCGCCACUUUUUUCCAACACAGUUUUGGAAGUUCUGACCACAGCAGUCAAAGAAGACAAAGAAAUUAAAGGAAUCCAAACUGGAAAAGAAGACGUGAACUGUCCCCGUUUGCAGAUGACAUGACGCUAUGCACAGAAAGCCUGAAGACCCUGCAGAAGCUCAUCAAUAAAGCCGCAGGACACAAAAUUAAGACACACAAAUAGCUGCAUUUCUAUCCACUUACAACAAAACAGCUGAAAGGGAAAUCAAGGAAAUGAUACUAUUCACCACCACAGCCGAAAGAAUAAAAUACCUAGGAACAGACCUGCCCAAGGAGGCGAAGGCCUGCACUCCGAAACCGUACGUCGCUGAUGGAGAAGAACUGAAGACAGCGUGAGCAAAUGGAAAGAUACACCAUGUUCUUGAAGUGGAAGAAUUAAUAUUGUUAAAAUGGCCAUCCUGCCCAAGGCAAUCUACAGAUUCAAUGCAAUUCCCUGUCAAAUGACCAAUGACAUUCUUCACAGAACUGGAACAAAACGUGUUAAAGUUUGUGGAAACACGGAAGACCCCGAAUAGUCAAAACAAUCUUGAAAAAGAAGGAUGGAGCUGGGGGAAUCAUGCUCCCUGACUGCAGACUCUACUACAAAGCUACAAAGCAAAACAGCAUGGUGCUGGCACAAAAACAGACACAAAGAUCAACGGAACAGGAUAGAAAGUCCAGAAAUAAACCCACACAGAUAUGGUCAAUUAAUCUACGACAAAGGAGGCAAGUAUACACAUUGGAGAAAAGAUGGUCUCUUCAAUAAGUGGUGCUGGGAAACUGGACAGCUACCUGUAAAAGACUGAAAUUAGAACACUCUCUAACACCACGUACAAAAAUAAACCCAAAAUGGAUUAAAGAGUUAGUGUAAGACCAGAUACUACAAAACUCUUAAAGGAAAACACAGGCAGAACACUCUUUAACUUAAAUCACAGCAACGUAUUUUUUGAGCCAGCUCCUGGAGUAAUAAAAAUAAAAGCAAAAGCAAACAAAUGGGAUCUAAUUAAACUUAAAAGCUUUUGCACAACUAAGGAUACCAUCAACAAAAGAAAAGACAGCCUACAGAAUGGGAGAAAAUAUUUGCAAAUGAUGCAACCGACAAGGGAUUGAUUUCCAAAAUAUACAAACAGCUCAUACACCUUAGUAUCAAAAAACAAGCAACCCAAUCCAAAAUGAGGCAGAAGACCUAAACAAGCAAUUCUCCAAUGAAGACAUACAAAUGGCUAACAGGCACAUGAAAAAAUGCUCAAUAUUGCUAAUUGUCAGAGAAAUGCAGAUCAAAACUACAAUGAGGUAUCACCUCACACCAGUCAGAAUGGCCAGCAUUAAAAAGUCCACAAACGAUAAAUGCGUGGAGAAAAGGGGACCCUCCUACACUGCUGGUGGGAAUGUAAAUUGGUGCAGCCACUACGGAGGACAGUAUGGAGGUUCCUUGAAAAAUUAAAAAUAGACUUCCCUUGUGAUCCAGCAAUCCCACUCCUGGGCAAGUACCCAUAGAAAAAUAAAAUUCAAAAUGACACCUGCACCCCAAUGUUCACAGCAGCACUAUUUACAAUAGUCAAGACACGGAAACAGCCUAAAUGCCCAUCGACAGAUGACUGGAUAGAGAAGCUGUGGUUAUUAAUACAAUGGAAUACUGCUCAGCCAUAAAAAGGAAUAAAAUAAUGCCAUCUGCCACAACAUGGAUGGACCUGGACAUUGUCAUUCUAACUGAAGUCAGCCAAAAAGAGAAAAAUACCAUAUGAUCUCAUUUAUAUGCACAAUCUAAAAAAAAAAGGACACAAAUGAACUACUUACUAUUUAUGACUUAGAUGACUGACCUCUUGAAUAUGUGUAAGCACAUUUGACUGUCCUAUAUGAUUAGAUUACAGCAUUCUGUUGAUUCUUAUUUUGUGGUUGGCUUUAUCCCUUUGGUAACUAUGUAAGUUUAAAAAGCUAAAGCUCUAAACUGUUCUUGGAAACAAUGAUCAGUGCGCGUAUGUGCAAAAACAAUGUGCAGUAUAUUGUGUAUAUGUAUUUACAUGCACUAUAUUGUGCAUGUGCAAACUAUAACAAUUCUACCUAAUAAAACUGAAAAAUUGAAAAAUAAAUAAAUAAAUAAAUAAAUAAAUAAAUAAAUAAAUAAAUAAAUAAAUAAAUAAAAUAAGAGAGGUGCCGGGGCACUGCCAAGACGGCAGAGCAGAAGGACGCAGUGCUCACCCUCUCCCACGAAUACAACAAAAACUACAUCUACAGGUGGAACAGCUCCCACAGAACACUCACUGAACUUUGGCAGAAUCUCUCUUACACUGAAAAUACAAGGAGAAUCCUCAAAAAACAAGAACAAGAAGAACAAGUUUCUACUGCACAGCACGGGGAACUAUACUCAAUAUCUUGUAGUCGCCUAUAAUGAAAAAGACUAUGAAAACGAAUGUAUGUAUGUAUAUGUAUGACUGAAUCGUUACGCUGUGCACCAGAAUUUGACACAACAUUGUAAGCUGACUGUACUUCAAUAAAAAAAAUUUUUAAAUAA